AUGGGGUGCGGGGCUUCUAAGCCUGUGGAAGAGCAGCGGCCAGUCCCGGAGCCCAAGAAGGGCUGGGAGAAAGGGAGCGAGGUUGAUACUGGUAAAUCUCACAUACUUAUAAAUGGUGUGCCUUGGGAUGGGUUAGCAGGGUCUAAAAGUACUAUGGAUAUGGGAUUUGGACUGGAAGAUGGUGUCUUGAUGGGAAGCUUGCCUGGAACUAUACCAGAAAAUUCACCAUCUCUUAAUGAAAGAAAUGAAGAAGUAAAUACAGAACCAAUCGUCAAUGGAUUAAUCAGUACAUCCCAACACUUCCAGAGUCAAGAGAGGCCGAAGUCAUCAGACAUCUUGGAGGAACUGAUAAUUCAAGGAAUAAUACAAAGCCAGAGUAAAGUAUUUAGAAAUGGAGAAUCAUAUGAUGUCAUGGUGAGCACGGAUGAUAAGCCUCUUAGGAAGCCUCCUGCCAGGCUAGAAAAACUGAAGACCAGAAGGGAAACAAAUGGCUUCACAAUCAAAAAUAUAGAAGAGAAGAUGAAGGCUGCAGAUGAAAGGAGGAAGGUUAAAGGUGAAGAAAUGAAAAAAAGGCUGAGAAGUGAGAGGCCUUUGCCACCAAUCAUCCCUUCAAACGCAACAGAGUUGAGCGAGGAUGACACUCUAUUUACCAAAGGAUUUAAUGCUACAGACUCUGCUAUGUUUCACCCCUUUAGCAUGGAAAAAGCAAGGCAAGUGAAAAGGAAAAAAAGUGUUGGGAAAGGCAAUAUGGCCUCAAGUGAAAUAAAUCAAAGUUAUGAAGUCUUUGGUGUUGUGGAAUCCGAUGUGCACUACAAUACUCCUGAUGAUGUAUUCUGA